AUGGACUUCCUCAAGCAGCAGGCUGAUAGUGGGGACCUGAACGUCUCUUAUCUUUCUAAGUACAUUCUCAACAUGAUGGUCUUGUUGUGUGCACCAGUUCGAGAUGAAGCAGUGCAGAAACUUGAGAACAUUUCCGACCCUGUUCGGCUGCUGAGAGGGAUUUUCCAGGUUCUGGGCCUGAUGAAAAUGGACAUGGUGAAUUACACUAUCCAGAGCCUUCAGCCCCACCCACAGGAGCAUUCUAUCCAGUAUGAGCGGGCUAAAUUCCAGGAACGACUCCACAAGGAGCCUAGCCUCCUUAAUCACACCACUAAGUGGCUGACCCAAGCAGCAGCAGACCUUACCACGCCACCUCCACCUUGUCCAGAUACACCUGACUCUUCCAGUGUAGCCGGUCCCUCUCCAAAUGAUGCAGCUAACAACCCAGAACCCCUCAGCCCUACAAUGGUGUUGUCCCAGGCCUUCCUCAACCUCCUCCUCUGGGACCCUGAAAAUGAAGAUUUUCCUGAGACCCUGCUGAUGGACAGAACCCAGCUGCAGGAGCUGGAGUCCCAGUCACACCAGUUAACCAUCCUUGCCUCAGUCCUUCUGGUGGCCAGUAGUUUCUCUGGCAGUGUUUUGUUUGGCUCACUCCAGUUUGUGGAUAAACUGAAACGCAUCACUGGGUCCCUGAUGGAGGAAUUUCACUCCAGGCCUGAAGAGGCUAUGCUGACUGUGAGUGAGCAAGUAUCUCAGGAAAUCCAUCAGGGCCUCAAGAACAUGGGCCUUGCUCCUCUGAGCAGUGACAGCACAGCAUCUCUGAUAGGACAGCUCCAGAACAUUGCCCAGAAGGAGAACUGUGUCCGCAGUGUCAUCGUGUCUUGUCCUGUUCACAGAUCAGCGGAUCCAUCUGUUUCUCAAAUGCUGUCUGGUUCUUGGUGUGCAGCGAUCCCUGUCAGACCUUCCUGGAGGCCUUACUGUCAUUGAGCCUGAGCUGGCAGAACUGGGCCAGAGGUUUGUCAACCUGGCACACUACAAUCAGCAGGUGUU